AUGUCACACUCAUUAUAUUCAACAGUGAAAGAAAUUCAAAAAGAUAUGUAUUUUGGUACUGAAGUAUUAAAUAGAGUAUCAUUUUUAAGAGAAGAUAAUGAAUUUGUAUCACAAUCUUUAUUUCAUCCACUGACUAGAUUUAUAUUUUUUAAUAAACAAAAUCCAUUAGUUCAUAAAAAUUAUCCAAAUAAAUUGACUGUGAUUACUAAUGGUGAUAAUCAAAUUAAUGUUGAAUUAUUAGAUAGAGAAAAUGAUAAGAAUUUAGGGUAUAGAGGUAAUAGACAAUUUAUUAAUGGUGGUUUGUUAAACAAUAUACCUAAUUGGAAUUCGAUCUUAAAAAAAUGGAAUGAUGAUAAUAAAAAUUAUUCACCGAAUUUAAGGGCUGACACAAAUCCUGUGUUUCUAUUCUUGGGUUUACUUGAUGAAUCGAUUGGUCUUGAUAUAAACACCUUAAAAUCGGAUUGUGAAACGCCAGGUGAGGGAGAAAAAUAUCUUGAUCAUCAAGGAAGAUAUCAAGGAAUAGCUUAUUACGCAGUUGACAUAAGUAGAAAUAAAGAUUUAUGUAAAACUUUAGUUCAUUAUGUCAAUGAUUGUGUUAAUAGGAUUGAAAAUAUUGACAAUACCCCAGAAGAAAAUGGAAUCUUUUUCACUCAUUCAAGAAAACAUUUUUUAAAUUUCAAUCAUUAUGAAGCUUCAUUAUUUAGUCAAGGUUCAAUGUUUUUCCAUUGGUUAAAAACAAAUAAAUUUUGUCCAGGUUGUGGUCAUCCAACAAUUCCUAUACAUGCAGGUGGGAAAUUAUUAUGUACUAAUGAAGAAACUAUUGAAUUACCAAAUCAUGAAGAUGAAUUAAAUCCUAUAAUUAAAUCAAUAUGUCCUGUAAAAUCAGCUACUGUUUCAAAUGUUAGUUUUCCAAGAACAGAUAUGGCAAUUAUUUCAAUAAUUACAAAUCGUGAUAGAUCAAAAAUACUAUUAAGUUUAGGUAGAAGACAUGUCCAUUCUAAAAUGUAUUCAUGUACAGCUGGAUUUAUGGAACCUAGUGAAACAGUAGAAAUUGCAACUAAAAGAGAAAUUUGGGAAGAAACUGGGGUUACGUGUAGUGAGAUCCAAAUAGUUAUGACUCAACCUUGGCCAUUUCCAUCAAAUUUAAUGAUUGGUUGUAUUGGAAUAGUUGAUUUUAAUGGUACUAAUGAAGUUAUAAAUUUAAAUCAUGAUAAUGAAUUAUUAGAUGCAAGAUGGUUUGAUACAAAUUUUGUUAGAAGAUUAGUUUAUCCUAAUGGAGUAACAAAUACCGAUGGUAUGGAAAAUGGUGAUACAGAAGAUAAAGUUGAAGAUGAGGAUGACUUUAAUCCUGAAGGUAUAAUGAUCCCAAUGAGUGAAUCUAUAGCUUUUUCAUUAAUUAAGCUAUGUGUUGAUGAAGAAAAAAAUAAGCAUCAUUUAUGA